GGCGUCAGUGGGCCGCGUCCACAGAGUAACGCGCCGCUGGCUCUGGAGAUGCUGUGGCCUUGGCAUGGGGGGGGCGGACCUCUCCUCACGGCUCACCCGCAGUUUGUCUCAAGCUCCGCCCCGCGAUUCGCACGGCCCGCGACACGAGCCGCGCCCGCGGUGCCAGACGCGGGCCCGACACCUGCAAAGUGGCGCUGCGCCGCCCCGCCCACCGCAGCGUCCGGCGCGUCCCUACGGCGUAGGGUCCGUGCGGAGGGAGCGGAAACUGCGUCUGGUCCACCGAGUGCGGAGGUGCUGAUCCCCGCCCCCCACCGAAGCUAUGGUGACACUGAAACCGAAGGAAAAAUUUAUAAUUCCUUAGUGCAAUAUUUUGGUGAUAAUUUGGGGCGAAAAGUUAAAGCAAUGCCAUUAGUUGAAGAAACUUCUUUACUUGAAGAUUCAUCAGUGACUUUGCCUGUGGUAGUAAUUGGAAAUGGACCCUCAGGGAUCUGCCUUUCUUAUAUGUUAUCAGGCUACAGACCAUAUUUAUCAUCAGAAGCAACACAUCCAAAUACAAUCUUACAUGGUAAAUUACAAGAAGCAAGACAUCUUUCCAUUGUAGAUCAGGACUUAGAAUACUUGUCUGAAGGUCUUGAGGGCCGAUCAUCCAAUCCAGUUGCAGUACUUUUUGACACACUUCUUCAUCCAGAUGCUGACUUUGGGUAUGACUAUCCAUCUGUUUUGCAUUGGAAAUUAGAGCAACAUCAUUAUAUACCUCACUUAGUACUUGGUAAAGGUCCACCUGGUGGAGCUUGGCAUAGUAUGGAAGGCUCCAUGUUGACAAUCAGCUUUGGAAAUUGGAUGGAGCUACCUGGGCUUAAAUUUAAAGAUUGGGUAACCAGCAAACGAAGAAACCUAAAAGGGGAUCGAGUUAUGCCAGAGGAAGUAGCUUGCUAUUAUAAGCACUAUGUAAAAGUCAUGGGUCUUGAGAAGAAUUUCAGAGAGAAUGCUUACAUUACCUCUGUUUCAAGACUCUACAGAGAUCAGGAUGACAGUGGUGGUCACAACAGAGCAAUUUCAGCACAGCAUUUACAGAUCGAAAACUCCAAGUUGAUCAAGAGAAACUGGGAGAUCCGGGGUUAUCAGCGAGUAGCGGAUGGUUCUCAUGUUCCCUUCUGUCUUUUUGCUGAGAAUGUAGCUCUGGCAACUGGAACAUUGGAUUCUCCUGCCCAUCUGGAGAUUGAAGGGGAAGAUUUUCCUUUUGUGUUUCAUUCAGUACCUGAAUUUGGAGCAGCCGUAAGCAAAGGAAAGCUACAUGGCAAAGAGGACCCAGUGUUAAUUGUAGGUUCUGGACUAACUGCAGCUGAUGCAGUACUAUGUGCUUACAACAAUAACAUCCCUGUGAUUCAUGUGUUUCGCAGACGAGUAACUGAUCCAAGUUUAAUUUUCAAACAACUUCCUAAAAAGCUGUAUCCAGAAUACCAUAAGGUCUAUCAUAUGAUGUGUACUCAGUCAUAUUCUGCAGACUCAGAUCUUUUAUCUGAUUAUACCAGUUUUCCUGAGCACCAUGUGCUCUCCUUUAAGUCAAAUAUGAAAUGCAUCCUUCAAAACGUCUCUGGAUUGAAGAAAAUAUUUAAACUUUCUGCAGCAGCAGUAUUGAUAGGUUCUCAUCCCAAUCUGUCUUUUCUAAAGGAGCAAGGCUCUUACCUGGGCCAUAACUCAAGUCAGCCAAUCACUUGUAAGGGUAAUCCUGUGGAAAUAGAUGCAUAUACCUAUGAAUGUGUUAAAGAAGCCCACCUUUUUGCAUUGGGUCCUUUAGUUGGAGAUAAUUUUGUUCGAUUUUUAAAGGGAGGGGCCCUGGGUGUUACACGCUGCUUAGCAAUAAGACAGAAGAAAAAGCAGCAUUUAUUUGUUGAAAGAACAGGAGGAGAUGGGAUAGCUUAAAGCAGGUUUAUGAGUAAUUUAUAUGGACAGUUUACCAUUAAAGUUUUUAACAAAUAGUGUUUUUGCAGUGUACUGGCUUGAAUUUUCUGGACUUGAAUUAACUGGAGGAGAGUCUCAAGCUAUAGUAACUAUUUUUAAAGUUACAAGAAGUCGGUGUUCUGACUUACACUGUAAUAAAGCAAUUUUCAACUUUUUUCAUCUCCUGGCACAUAAACUAAUUAUUAAUAUUCUGCAGCACACCAAAAAUAUGUAUUUUUUUGCUGGUCUGAUAAAAAUUAGGUAAAAUUUUGAUUAACUUACAGAAAACAAAAUAGUAAUUACCUACCCUUUUUGCUCCAAAGUGACUUUUGUAAUUAUCAGGUGCCUAUUCUUGUAUUUAAGAAUUUCUGGUACUAAGAAGUAACCAGUCAUGAAACCUUAUUAUGCAACAUGAACAAUGAGAUGCAACUCUGUUUUAUGACCUUAACAUUUAUGGUUCAAGACGGAAUUCAUACCAAAUAACUAUUGUAUGGGCUGUUGUUUUUUUUUAUUUGACAAUCUAAGGGGAGAAGGUACUCCUGACUUAGUCAGGUAUCACGUUUUAAAAAUUCUUGCUGCAUACCAGUUGAAAAUUGCUGCUGUAAUGUAUCAAAGGUGUCAUUGUCAGACAAAUGGAAACACUGCCAAUUUGGUAUACUUGAAGUUCUUACCUAACAAAAACAUUCUUCCAAGAAGUACUUUUUGUGAUCAUUUUUGGUUGCUAUGAUUGAUUCCAUAACAUUACAGCCUGAAAUUAUAAAAUCACACAGUCAUUAUUAGACCAGAAAUUGCCCUCACUACAUAUUGGGUCAUCUUGCUAAUUAAAGUGUAGUCCAAAACUCAGCAUCACCUCCAUGUGUUGCUUGUUAGAACUGUAGACUCCAGACCCCAUCACAGACUAACAGCAUCAAAAAUUGCAUUGCAAUGAGAUCCCCAAGGAAUAUGUAUGUUCACUAAAUGUUGAGACACAGUGGUCUAAAAGAAAAUGGGAUAUGAGAUGGGUUGGGGAUAGGUGGCAUUUACAACUCAGGUUAGAUUUUGAAAUUACCAACUGUAUAAAUCUAAUUUAUUAGCAAAUAUGAUAAUCUUUAAAAAAUAUUUUUAUUGAAAAUUUGACAUCAUAUUCUUAGCUUCUAAUAAUUUAAAUAGUCCAAUACUGUUGACAUACACUUAGAUAUCCAGGAACUUGCCACAUAGUUUUUUGAAGAUUUAUUCUCUACUUAACAUAUUCUAAUUUGAAUUUUAAUAAGUUUUGAGUGGAACCAUUUAUCCCUGUGUAAAUGAUGACUUAAUUUCUGUUUAAGUACUUCUAAUAUUAUAAUACUAUUGGGUAUUGACAAAAUUAUUAAAGAUUAAAGUUGAAAAUCAGGUGAAAUCUGUCUUCCAUUCCCAAGAUUACAUUGAAGCUUGUUUGCAGAUGACAUGGUAGCUCAUUUUAUGGUUAUUUAUUGAAUCGUUUGCUCUUUCUUAACUUACAUUUAUUUAGAUGUGCUUAAUGUUUGUAUUUCCAUACAAAUCCCCAGAAUUUUAGUGUUAGACAAAAAAAGUUCUCUCAAGUUCUCCAUGGCAGUCAGCUGCUCAGUUUCUCUCGUUCUCCAUAGAAUUUAUUUCAUCUGGAAUGUGUUUAUUGAAGGUCUGUUUUUCUUAGUAUUAAAAAAAAACAGACCAAAGUGUAUUUUUCUAUCUCUUUGCAGUGUAUGUACUCACAGGAUCAUAAUUCACCUUAAAAAUAUACUUGUUUAGAACAAACUUGCCUGUACAAUUAGCUGUUUCAGAUAAACUGGUAAAUUCUUAUACUUUUGAUAACUGUCAUUUCUGACUGUAAUGGUUUUUAGAAAUGAUGUGAUCCAGUUUAAGUUUAUAUAAUGGUAACUUUUUUUCAAGUUAAUUUCACCUCUAUAGGAAAUGAUAUAUCUUCUGGCUGCACUUGAUUAAUCUCUUGGUGGCCUUUUGAGCUCUGAAUGAAGAAGCUGUAUUGCAUGUUUUUCUUAAUGUUACUUCUAAAUUGAAAUGACAUUGUUAUAAAGAUGGUUUGUAGGGAAGGAUAAGAACUGUUGACAUCCCCUUGUCUCAAAAGUUUACUCUUAACCAUCCAGUAGCGCUUUUGUGAUAAGAUUAUUCACACACAUUUUUUUUUUUUCAGGGGAAAAUAAGGCUUUCAUGAGGCCCUAAAUAAACCUGGUGAAUAGUUACCUCCCAUUUCUCAAUUCAUACUCAGACCCAGUUGUCCUGUGUUGCAUAUAACAUGAAAUUUAUAUGUACUUUGUUAUAUUCUUGUUUUUGUGAUGUACUAUACUGUUGUACCCUUAGUUGAUUGAUUUCUGUCCCAGAGUUAUGAUCUCCUUAAUUCUUCAGUGUCAUCUAGCUAUUCAGGGAAAGGACACUGUACUAAAUAUUGGGUAAGUCAUACCAUUAUGUGGGCAUCUCUCCAUCCCUCAAAGCCUAGUUCUUGACAGUGUUUAAUACACAAAAAUAAGAUUAUGUCACCUCUUAAGUAUUUUAGGCAGUCUGACUAGGUGAAUUUCAUUCAACUAUUACUUUUCUGAAAAUCUAGGUUUUAUCAUGUGAUACAUUUCCAUAGAAUCAAAUUCUGCUUAACACAUUUUUUAAAAUCAGACUGAAAAAUAUUUUUAAAUAUUAUGUAGUCAAUGGGAUAGGGUGAAAAAAUCUUCUAAAUCCUUUUAUUAAAUGAAAACACUUAAGUCCCAGCCUCUGGGACACUUGAGACACAAAGAAUGAAACAAAACUAGAUCGAAUUUAAACAUUUUAAAAGUAUAAUUUAAUUACAGGGAUGUUUACCGAAUAAAGGCAAUUUGAUCAGAUAUAAUCAGUCUUUCAAACUAUACUCUAUACACUAUACUGAUAGAGGUGCAAAGGGGCCAGGUUGUUAAACAUAACCUGAAAAAAAGAGUAUGUGCAGUAAGGAUUAGAUACUUUGCUGAUUUUGAAUGCCCCCUGCCCCAUUACCACCAGGCUAAGAAAAAUGGUGUCUUUGGGAAAGCAGCAAGGCAAAACAGUUAACUGAUAAGGUCUUGGCUGGGUAGUUCAGUUGGAUAGAGCAUUGUCCUGAUAUACCAAGGUUGUGAGUUUGAUCCCGAGUCAGGGCACCUAUACAGAAUGAAACAAUGAAUGCAUAAAUAAAUGGAACAACAAAUUGAUAUUUCUCUCA